GAUCCGCCGCAGUUGCCGGCUGUAACUCCUCAACUCGGCAGCUGGCUGCCUGGACAUGUCCUGACAAACUUGGCUUCCCCUAGGCGAUCUCCCCAGACCUCGUGCGCUCUCUUUCCACCUCUUUUGGUGCUCAAACUUUCCCCGGGUGGAGAGCCACUGGGAAGGAGCCCACCUGAGUCCCGCCAGCACUGGAGGAGGAUCACGCUCUGCUUGGGGGAUAUGCUGAAGAUCCAGGGGAGGCAAAGUUGGUACUUCGAGCCCGGAUCCUAACAAAUAUCCAAACGGCGUGGGAAUUACCCAACUGCCGGGGACUAGAAGGGAGAGCACCGAGGACCGGGCUACUGUGGAGAGAAGGAACCGUGAAAAGCAGUCAACGAUGACAUGCUGAGAAACUACUUUUUAUUGAGAUCCUUUUCAAGGUGGCCAGGAGUUAAACAAUGGGGAGACACUUGGCCUUGCUUCUGCUUCUGUUCCUCUUCCUCCAGCAUUUUGGAGACAGUGAUGGUGGCCAAAGACUUGAACCCACCCCUCCUAUCCAGUUUACACACUUCCAGUACAAUGUCACUGUACAUGAGAACUCGGCAGCGAAGACCUAUGUUGGCCACCCCAGAAAAAUGGGUGUCUACAUCUUAGACCCCUCGUGGGAGAUAAGGUACAAAAUCGUCUCAGGAGACAGCGAGAACCUGUUCAAAGCGGAAGAGUAUGUCGUCGGAGACUUCUGCUUUCUAAGGAUAAGAACCAAAGGAGGGAAUACCGCCAUCCUGAACAGAGAAGUGAGGGACCAUUACACACUGAUUGUCAAGGCCGUGGAGAAAGCCACCGAUGCCGAGGCCCGAGCGAAGGUUCGGGUGCAAGUGCUGGAUACAAACGACUUAAGGCCCUUAUUCUCCCCCACCUCCUACAGCGUCUCUUUGCCGGAAAACACAGCCAUAAGGACCAGCAUCGCAAGAGUCAGUGCCACGGAUGCGGACAUUGGGACCAAUGGCGAAUUUUACUACAGUUUCAAAGACAGAACCGACAUGUUUGCUAUCCACCCGACUAGCGGUGUGGUUGUUUUAACUGGCAGGCUUGACUUCCUAGAGACCCAGCUCUAUGAGCUGGAGAUCCUGGCUGCGGACCGGGGAAUGAAGCUGUACGGUAGCAGUGGGGUCAGCAGCCUGGCUAAGCUGACGGUUCACGUGGAGCAGGCUAACGAGUGCGCGCCCUUGAUAACCGCAGUGACGUUAUCGCCCUCGGAGCUGGACAAGGACCCGACCUAUGCGAUUAUCACCGUGGAGGACUGUGAUCCAGGUGCCAACGGGGAGAUAGCGUCUUUGAGCAUCGUGGCUGGCGACCUCCUUCAGCAGUUUAAAACCAUGAGGUCUUUCCCUGGCAGUAAAGCAUUCAAAGUAAAAGCCAUCGGGGCCGUCGAUUGGGACAGCCAUCCUUAUGGCUACAACCUGACAUUGCAGGCUAAAGACAAAGGGACUCCCCCCCAGUUUUCCCCCGUGAAAGUCAUUCAUGUCGUUUCUCCACAGUUCAGAGCUGGCCCUGUCAAGUUUGAAAUGGAUGUUUACAGAGCCGAGAUCAGUGAGUUUGCUCCUCCACAUACACCCGUGGUCCUGAUCAAAGCCAUUCCUAGCUAUUCCCAUUUGAGGUAUGUUUUUAAAAGCGCUCCUGGAAAACCUAAAUUCGGUUUAAAUCACAACACGGGUCUCAUUUCCAUUUUAGAACCCAUUAGAAGGCAGCACACUUCCCAUUUUGAACUCGAGGUGACAACAAGUGACAAAAGAGCCUCCGCCCGAGUGGUGGUCAAAGUUUUAGGUACAAACAGCAACCCCCCUGAGUUUACACAGACCUCGUACAAAGCAUCCAUCGAUGAGAACGCGCCCGUCGGUGCGGCAGUCACGAGGGUGAGCGCGGUCGACCCCGACGAGGGGGAGAACGGCUACGUGACUUACAGUAUUGCAAAUUUAAAUCACGUGCCGUUCGUCAUUGACCACUUCACCGGUACUGUGAGUACCUCUGAGAAUUUGGACUAUGAACUGAUGCCUCGCGUCUACACGCUGAGGAUCCGUGCCUCUGACUGGGGCUUGCCAUACCGCCGGGAAGUCGAAGUCCUUGCCACGAUCACUCUUAAUAACCUGAAUGACAACACCCCCCUGUUUGAGAGGAUAAACUGUGAGGGGACCAUUCCCCGAGACCUAGGUGUGGGGGAGCAGAUAACCACCGUGUCUGCCAUUGACGCCGACGAGCUGCAGCUGGUCCGGUACCAGAUUGAAGCCGGAAAUGAGUUGGAUUUGUUUGUCUUAAACCCCAGCUCCGGUGUGCUGUCCUUAAAGCACUCCCUCAUGGAUGGCUUGGGCACGAAGGUUUCCUUUCACAGUUUGAGAAUCACAGCGACAGACGGAGAAAAUUUUGCCACGCCGUUGUACAUCAACCUAACGGUGGCUGCCAGUCGCAAGCCGGUGAACUUGCGGUGCGAGGAGACCGGUGUUGCCAAAAUGCUGGCAGAGAAACUCCUGCAGGCGAAUAAGUUACACAGUCAGGGGGACGUGGAGGAUAUUUUCUUUGAUUCUUACUCUGUCAAUGCCCAUGCUCCACAGUUCAGGGGUACUCUUCAAACUGGAAUUGAGGUAAAGGAGAACCUCCCGGUGGGUGCCAAUAUACUGUUCAUGAAUGCUACUGACCUUGACUCUGGCUUCAAUGGAAAACUCGUCUAUGCCAUUUCUGGAGGGAAUGAUGAUAGUUGCUUUACCAUCGACAUGGAAACGGGAGUGCUGAAGGUCCUAUCUCCGCUCGACCGUGAAGUAACUGACAAGUACACCCUGAAUAUUACCGUGUACGACCUCGGUAUACCCCAGAGGGCUGCCUGGCGUCUUCUGGAUGUCACGGUUCUGGAUGCCAAUGACAACGCGCCUGAGUUUUUACAGGAGAGCUACUUUGUGGAAGUGAGCGAAGACAAGGAGGUAAACAGUGAAAUCAUCCAGGUUGAAGCCACUGAUAAAGAUCUGGGCCCCAGCGGGCACGUGACCUACGCUAUUCUCACAGAUACGGAGAAGUUUUCCAUCGACAGCGUGACCGGUGUGGUGAAAAUUAUCCAGCCUUUGGAUCGUGAAGUGCAGCCUGUGCAUUACCUAAAGAUCGAGGCCAGGGACCAAGCCACAGAGGAACCCCGGUUGUUCUCCACCGUACUCCUGAAGGUGUCACUAGAUGAUGUUAAUGACAACCCACCUAGGUUCAUUCCACCCAAUUACUCUGUGAAAGUUCGAGAAGAUCUACCAGAAGGAACCAUCAUCAUGUGGUUAGAAGCCUAUGAUCCCGACGUGGGUCAGUCCAGUCAGGUGAGAUACAGCCUCCUGGACCACGGAGAAGGCCACUUUGACGUGGAUAAACUGAGCGGGGCAGUUAGAAUUGUCCAGCAGCUGGACUUUGAGAAGAAGCAACUGUAUAAUCUCACCGUGAGGGCCAAAGACAAAGGGAAGCCCGUGUCCCUGUCUUCCACUUGCUAUGUGGAAGUGGAGGUGGUUGACGUGAAUGAGAACCUACACGCUCCAGUGUUCUCCAGCUUUGUGGAGAAGGGUGUAGUGAAAGAAGACGUCCCUACUGGCUCAUCAGUCAUGACUGUGUCAGCCCAGGACGAGGACACAGGGAGAGACGGAGAGAUCCGGUAUUCCAUUAGAGAUGGCUCUGGAAUUGGUGUUUUCAGGAUAGAUGAAGAAACAGGUGUUAUAGAGACUUCAGACCGACUGGACAGAGAGUCGACGUCCCACUACUGGCUCACGGUCUAUGCCACAGAUCAGGGCGUGGUGCCUCUGUCGUCCUUCAUCGAGGUCUACAUAGAGGUGGAAGAUGUCAAUGACAACGCGCCGCAGACAUCAGAGCCCGUGUACUAUCCAGAAAUCAUGGAAAACUCACCCAAGGAUGUCCCUGUGGUCCAGAUUGAGGCUUUUGACCCGGAUUCUAGCUCCAGCGACAAGCUGACAUACAGAAUUACAAGCGGGAACCCCCAAGGAUUCUUCUCAAUAAAUCCUAAAACAGGUCUCAUCACAACCACGUCAAGGAAGCUGGACCGAGAGCAGCAGGAUGAGCAUAUUCUAGAGGUUACUGUGACAGACAACGGUGUUCCCCCCAGAUCCACCAUUGCCAGAGUCAUCGUGAAAAUCCUCGAUGAGAACGACAACAGGCCUCAGUUCCUUCAGAAGUUUUACAAAAUCAGGCUCCCGGAGCGAGAAAAGGCGGACGGGGACCGGAGCGCUUCGAGGCGCGAGCCCCUCUACCGCGUCAUCGCAGCGGAUAAGGACGAGGGGCCCAACGCGGAGCUCUCCUACAGCAUCGAGGAAGGCAAUGAGCACGGCAGGUUCUCCAUCGACCCCAAAACGGGAGUGGUCUCGUCCAAGAAGUUCUCUGCGGCCGGAGAAUACGACAUUCUUUCCAUUAAGGCAGUUGACAACGGGCGCCCCCAGAAGUCGUCCACCACCAGGCUCCAUAUUGAAUGGAUCCCCAAACCCAAGCCGUCCUUGGAACCGAUUUCGUUUGAAGAAUCCGUUUUCUCAUUUACCGUAAUGGAAAGUGAUCCGGUGGCUCACAUGAUCGGCGUGAUCUCGGUUGAGCCCCCUGGCAUGCCUCUGUGGUUUGACAUCAUCGGAGACGCGCUUGCUAGAGAAGUGUUUUACAUCUUUCAGCUGACUUGUGACCUGAACUGUACAGCAGAAGGUGGCAACUAUGACAGCCACUUUGAUGUGGACAAGGGCACUGGAACCAUCAUCAUUGCUAAGCCCCUUGAUGCAGAACAGAAAUCCAGCUAUAACCUCACUGUGGAGGCAACAGACGGGACCACCACGAUCCUCUCCCAGGUCCUCAUCAAAGUAAUAGAUACCAAUGACCACCGCCCCCAGUUUUCUACAUCGAAAUACGAAGUUGCCGUUCCCGAGGACACAGAGCCAGAAACGGAGAUUCUACAGGUCAGUGCAGCGGAUAGGGAUGAGAAAAACAAAUUGAUCUACACUCUGCAGAGCAGCAUCGACCCAGCCAGCCUCAAGAAAUUCCGCCUCGAUCCCGCAACCGGCGCUCUUUACACCGCUGAAAAGCUUGAUCACGAAGCCAUUCACCAGCACAUUCUCACGGUCAUGGUCCGGGAUCAGGAUGUCCCCGUGAAACGCAACUUUGCCAGGAUCGUUGUCAAUGUCAGUGACAAGAAUGACCACGCGCCGUGGUUCACCAGUCCGUCCUACGACGGGCGGGUUUAUGAAUCGGCAGCCGUGGGCUCAGUUGUGUUGCAGGUGACGGCUCUGGACAAAGACAAAGGGAAGAAUGCUGAAGUGCUCUACUCGAUCGAGUCAGGAAACAUUGGAAAUUCUUUUACAAUCGACCCCAUCUUGGGCUCUAUAAGAACUGCCAGAGAAUUGGACCGAAGUCACCAAGUAGCCUAUGAUUUAAUGGUAAAAGCCACAGACAAAGGCGAUCCACCGAUGAGCGAGAUGACCUCCGUGCGGAUCGCUGUCACCAUCGCUGACAACGCCUCCCCCAAGUUCACAUCCAAAGAGUACUCUGCGGAGAUCAGUGAAGCCACCAGGGUUGGAAGUUUUGUUGGGAUGGUCUCUGCUCACAGUCAGUCAUCAGUGAUGUAUGAAAUAAGAGACGGAAACACGGGCGACGCGUUUAGCAUCAACCCACAUUCCGGAAGCAUCAUCACUCAGAGAGCCUUGGAUUUUGAAACACUGCCCAUGUAUACAUUGACGGUACAGGGGACCAACAUGGCCGGUUUGUCCACCAACACAACGGUGGUGGUGCACGUGCGUGAUGAGAACGACAACCCACCCGUCUUCACGCAGGCGGAAUAUGCAGGAUUCAUCAGCGAGUCGGCCUCCGUCAACAGUGUGGUGCUGACAGACAGGAACGUCCCACUGGUGAUUCGAGCGACUGAUGCCGACAGGGAAUCCAAUGCUCUGCUUGUCUAUCAAAUCGUCGAGCCGUCCAUGCACAACUAUUUUGCCAUUGACCCCACCACCGGCGCUGUCCGUACGGUGCUGAGUCUGGACUAUGAGGAAACGCGUGCUUUUCACUUCACCGUCCAAGUGCACGACAUGGGGACGCCUCGUCUGUUUGCCGAGUACGCUGCUAAUGUGACUGUGCAUGUGAUUGACAUCAAUGACUGCCCCCCUGUCUUCUCUAAGUCACUGUACGAAGCGUCUCUUCUCCUGCCGACAUACAGAGGUGUAAACGUCAUCACGGUGAACGCCACAGAUGCUGACUCCAGGGCAUUCUCCCAGGUCAUGUACUCCAUCACUGAAGGCAACAUUGGGGAGAAAUUCUCCAUGGACCACAAGACUGGCACCAUUGCAAUACAGAACACAACUCAGCUACGAAGCCGCUAUGAGCUGACCGUCCGCGCCUCCGACGGCAGGUUCACAAGCAUGGCCUCUGUGAAAAUCAAUGUGAAGGAGAGCAGAGAGAGUCCUCUCAAGUUUACCCAAGACACCUACUCCGCAGUUGUGAAAGAGAACUCCACAGAAGCCAAAACGUUAGCUGUCAUCACUGCGAUCGGGAACCCAAUCAAUGAGCCUCUGUUUUAUCGCAUCCUUAACCCAGACCGCAGAUUUAAAAUCAGCCACACCUCGGGUGUGUUGUCCACCACGGGGAUACCGUUUGACCGUGAGCAACAGGAGACGUUUGACGUGGUGGUAGAGGUGACUAAAGAACGGGAGCCGUCGGCGGUGGCCCACAUCGUGGUGAAAGUCACCGUGGAAGACCAGAAUGAUAACGCUCCGGUGUUUGUUAACCUUCCCUACUAUGCUGUGGUGAAGGUGGAUGCGGAGGUGGGCCACGUCAUUCGCUAUGUCACUGCCAUUGACAGGGACAGUGGCAGAAAUGGUGACAUACACUACUACCUUAAGGAGCAUCAUGACCACUUCCAGAUUGGACCCUCUGGUGACAUUUCUCUGAAGAAGCAGUUUGAGCACGACACCUUAAAUAAAGAAUAUCUUGUCACAGUGGUCGCCAAGGACGGAGGAAGUCCAGCUUUCUCUGCAGAAGUUCUGGUUCCCAUCACUGUCAUGAACAAAGCCAUGCCCGUGUUUGAAAAGGCUUUCUAUAGCGCCGAGAUCCCAGAGAACAUCCAGAUUCACAGCCCAGUGGUCCAUAUCCAAGCCAACAGCCCAGAAGGGUUGAAAGUGUUCUACAGUAUCACGGAUGGAGACCCUUUUAGUCAGUUUACUAUUAACUUCAACACUGGGGUGAUAAACGUCUUAGCACCGCUGGAUUUUGAGUCCCACCCAGCCUAUAAGCUAAGCGUGCGGGCAACUGAUUCCCUGACAGGUGCUCACGCUGAAGUGUUUGUUGACAUCAUAGUAGAAGACAUCAAUGAUAACCCUCCCGUGUUUGUGCAGCCGUCUUACUCCACAACCCUGUCUGAAGCAUCUGUAAUUGGAACCCCUGUCCUUCAAGUUCGAGCCACAGAUUCUGACUCGGAACCAAAUAGAGGAAUUUCCUACCAGCUGAUUGGAAAUCGCAGCAAAAGUCACGAUCAUUUUCACAUAGAUAGUAACACGGGGCUCAUUUCACUAGUGAGAGCCUUGGAUUACGAACAGUUCCAGCAGCACAGGAUCUUUGUAAGGGCUGUUGAUGGAGGAAUGCCCGCCCUGAGCAGUGACGUGGUUGUCACUGUGGCUGUCACUGACCUCAAUGACAACCCACCUCUGUUUGAACAACAGGUUUAUGAAGCCAGAAUCAGUGAGCACGCUGCCCACGGACAUUUCGUGAUGUGUGUGAGAGCCUGUGAUGCAGACAGCUCAGACCUAGACAAGUUAGAGUACUCCAUUCUGUCCGGCAAUGAUCAUAAAAGCUUCGUCAUCGACAGUGAAACGGGAAUUAUCACGCUCUCAAACCUCCGCCGCCACACCCUGAAGCCAUUCUACAGCCUCAACGUUUCGGUGUCUGAUGGGGUUUUCCGGAGCUCUGCUCAGGUUAAUGUAACUGUGAUGGGAGGGAAUUUGCACAGCCCCGUUUUUCACCGGAACGAAUACGAAGUGGAGCUAGCUGAAAACGCUCCCUUGCAUACCCUUGUGGUCCAAGUGAAGGCAACUGACCGAGAUUCCGGCAUUUACAGCCACAUAACUUACCACAUUGUAAAUGACUUUGCCAAAGACAGGUUUUAUGUGAAUGACAGAGGGCAGAUUUUCACUUUGGAGAAACUUGACCGAGAGACUCCAGCAGAGAAAGUGAUCUCAAUCCGUUUGAUGGCUAAGGAUGCUGGGGGGAAAGUUGCUUUCUGCACCGUCAAUGUCAUCCUCACAGACGACAAUGACAACGCGCCUCAAUUUCGCUCAACCAAGUACGAGGUGAACAUUGGGUCCAGCGCUGCCAAAGGGACGUCGGUCGUCAAGGUCUUUGCGAGUGACGCCGAUGAGGGAUCAAAUGCAGACGUCACCUACACCAUCGAGGCGGAUUCUGAAAGUGUCAAGGAGAACUUGGAGAUCAACAAGCUGACUGGCUUGAUUACUACAAGGGAAAGUUUAAUAGGUUUAGAGAACGAGUUCUUCACUUUCUUCGUUAGAGCCGUGGAUAGCGGGUCUCCACCCAGAGAGUCUGUCGUUCCUGUCUAUAUUAAAAUACUUCCACCGGAAGUGCAGCUUCCUAGGUUCUCUGAGUCCUUUUAUACCUAUACCAUCUCAGAAGACAUGCCCAUUGGAACAGAAAUUGAUCUCAUCUGGGUAGAACACAGCGGGACUGUUCUUUACACCCUUGUCAAAGGCAAUACUCCUGAGAGUAACCGAGAUGAGUUCUUUGUGAUCGACAGGCAGAGUGGGAGACUGAAACUGGAGAAGAGCCUUGACCAUGAGACCACUAAGUGGUAUCAGUUUUCCGUCCUGGCCAGAUGCACUCUUAAUGACUACGAGGUGGUGGCUUCUAUAGACGUCAGUAUCCAGGUGAAAGAUGCUAAUGAUAACAGCCCAGUUUUGGAGUCCAGUCCCUAUGAGGCAUUUAUUGUUGAAAACCUGCCAGGGGGAAGCAGAGUCAUUCAGAUCAGAGCGUCUGAUCUAGACUCGGGAGCCAACGGCCAAGUCAUGUACAGCCUAGACCAGUCCCAAGAUGCAGACAUCAUCGAGUCUUUUGCCAUUAACAUGGAGACAGGCUGGAUUACUACUCUCAAGGAGCUUGACCACGAAGAGAGGGCCAGCUACCAGAUUAAAGUGGUCGCAUCGGAUCACGGUGAGAAGGUGCAGCUGUCUUCCACCGCCAUCGUGGGUGUCACCGUCACUGACGUCAAUGACAGCCCGCCGAGAUUCACGGCCGAGAUUUACAAAGGGACUGUGAGUGAGGAUGACCCUCCGGGUGGCGUGAUCGCCAUCUUAAGCACGACCGAUGCCGACACUGAAGAGAUCAACAGACAGGUGUCGUACUUCAUCACAGGAGGGGACGCCUUGGGACAGUUUGCUGUGGAAAAUGUGCAGAGUGACUGGAGGGUGUAUGUGAAGAAGCCUCUGGACAGGGAACAAAAGGACAGUUACCUUCUGACCGUCACGGCCACAGAUGGGACCUUCUCUUCCAAAGCUAGAGUCGAAGUCAAGGUUCUCGAUGCCAACGACAACAGUCCAGUCUGUGAGAAGACCUUGUAUUAUGAUACCAUUCCUGAAGACACCCUUCCUGGGAAGCUGGUCAUGCAGGUCUCUGCCACAGACGCAGAUAUCCGGUCCAACGCGGAGAUUACUUACACUUUAUAUGGUUCAGGUGCAGAGAAGUUUAAACUGAAUCCAGACACAGGUGAACUGAGAACACUAGCCCUCCUUGAUCGUGAGGAACAAGCAGUUUAUAAUCUUGUAGUCAAGGCCACGGAUGGAGGUGGGAGAUCCUGUCAGGCGGCUAUUGUGCUCACAUUAGAAGAUGUGAACGAUAACGCCCCCGAGUUCACCGCGGAGCCGUACACCAUCACGGUAUUUGAGAACACAGAGCCUGGGACACCGCUGACCAGAGUGCAAGCCACUGAUGCGGACGCAGGAUUGAAUCGGAAGAUUUCCUACUCGUUGAUAGACUCUGCCGACAGGCAGUUCUCCAUUAAUGAGCGAUCUGGAAUUAUCCAGUUGGAGAAGCAUUUGGACAGGGAGCAUCAGGCCGUGUAUACCCUCACUUUGAGAGCAGUGGACCAAGGGUUACCAAGGAGAUUGACAGCUACUGGCACGGUGGUUGUGUCUGUCUUGGAUAUAAACGACAACCCGCCAGUGUUUGAGUACCGUGAAUAUGGCGCCACGGUGUCCGAGGACAUUGUCAUUGGGACAGAGGUUCUCCAGGUGUAUGCGGCAAGUCGUGAUAUCGAGGCCAACGCAGAAAUCACAUACGCCAUAAUAAGUGGAAAUGAACAUGGAAAAUUCAGCAUUGAUUCUAAGACAGGGGCCAUAUUUAUCAUUGAGAACCUGGAUUAUGAAAGCUCCCACGGGUAUUACCUGACCGUGGAAGCCACUGAUGGAGGCACACCUUCGUUGAGCGACGUGGCGACUGUGAACAUCAACGUCACAGACAUCAAUGAUAACAGCCCCAUGUUCAGCCAAGACACCUACACCACGGUGGUCGGUGAAGACGCGGCUCUUGAGCAGCCUGUCAUUACGAUUAUGGCCGACGAUGCCGAUGGCCCCUCAAACAGCCACAUCCACUACUCCAUUAUAGAGGGGAACCAGGGAAGCCCGUUCACGAUUGACCCUGUCAGAGGAGAAGUGAAAGUGACAAAGCCCCUAGACCGGGAAACGAUCUCAGGUUAUACACUCACAGUGCAAGCCACCGACAACGGCAAUCCACCCAGAGUCAACACAACCACGGUGAACAUCGAUGUCUCCGACGUCAAUGACAACGCUCCCCUCUUCUCCAGAGACAACUACAGUGUCAUCAUCCAGGAGAACAAGCCCGUGGGUUUCAGCGUCCUGAAGCUGGUAGUGACCGACAAGGAUUCUUCCCACAACGGCCCCCCUUUCUUCUUCACUAUUGUGAGUGGAAAUGAUGACAGCGCAUUUGAGGUGAACCAGCACGGGGUCCUCCUGACAGCGGCGACGGUCAAGAGGAAAGUGAAGGACCAUUACCUUCUGCACGUUAAGGUGGCUGACAGCGGAAAGCCUCAGCUGUCUUCGAUGACACACGUUGACAUCAGGGUGAUCGAGGAAAGCAUCCACCCUCCCGCCAUCUUGCCACUCGAGAUUUUCAUCACCGCCUUUGGAGAGGAAUACUCAGGUGGGGUCAUAGGAAAGAUCCACGCCACAGACCAGGACGUGUAUGACACCUUGACGUACAGUCUGGAUCCCCACAUGGAUGGCCUGUUCUCUGUCUCCAGCACGGGGGGCAAGCUGAUCGCACACAGAAAGCUGGACAUAGGCCAAUACCUCCUCAAUGUCAGCGUGACAGACGGGAAAUUCACCACGGUGGCCGACAUCACCGUGCACAUCCAACAAGUGACCCAGGAGAUGCUGAACCACACCAUCGCCAUCCGCUUCGCGAAUCUCACCCCGGAGGAGUUCGUUGGUGACUACUGGCGCAACUUCCAGAGAGCCCUGCGCAACAUCCUGGGCGUCCGGAAGAACGACAUACAGAUCGUCAGCCUGCAGCCCUCUGAACCCCAUUCGCACCUGGACGUCUUACUCUUCGUCGAGAGGUCAGGCGGCACCCACAUUUCAACAAAGCAACUGCUGCACAAGAUUAAUUCUUCCGUGACGGACGUUGAGGAAAUCAUUGGUGUGAGGAUCCUGGACGUGUUCCAGAAGCUCUGUGCGGGGCUGGAUUGCCCGGGGAAGUUCUGUGAUGAGAAGGUGUCUGUGGAUGAAAACGUCAUGUCAACUCACAGCACGGCCAGACUGAGUUUCGUGACUCCCCGACACCACAGAUCAGCAGUGUGUCUCUGCAAAGACGGGAAAUGCCCACCUGUCCACCAUGGGUGCGAAGAUAACCCCUGUCCCGCAGGAUCUGAAUGUGUCGCCGAUCCCCGAGAGGAGAAAUACAGCUGUGUGUGUCCCGGGGGCGGCUUCGGUAGAUGCCCAGGGAGCUCAUCCAUAACUUUUACGGGAAACAGCUUUGUGAAGUACCGUCUGCUGGAGAAUGAGAACAGGCUAGAGAUGAAGCUGAGCAUGCGGCUGAGAACCUACUCCUCCCAUGCGAUCGUGAUGUAUGCGAGAGGGACUGACUACAGUAUCCUGGAGAUUCAUACUGGAAGACUGCAGUACAAAUUUGACUGUGGGAGCGGCCCUGGGAUUGUCUCUGUCCAGAGCAUUCAGGUCAACGACGGGCAGUGGCACGCCGUGUCCCUGGAAGUGGAGGGCAAUUACGCCAAGCUGGUUCUGGAUGAAGUCCACACUGCUUCGGGCACAGCCCCGGGGGCUCUGAAAACCCUCAACCUGGACAACUACGUCUUUUUUGGGGGCCACCUCCGCCAGCAAGGGACAAAGCAUGGGAGAAGCACCCAGGUGGCCAAUGGCUUCAGGGGCUGCAUGGACUCUAUUUAUUUGAAUGGGCAGGAGCUGCCUCUGAACAACAAACCAAGAGCCUACGCGCACAUCGAAGAGUGGGUGGACCUAUCUCAUGGGUGCUUAUUAACUGCCACCGAAGACUGCUCCAGCAGCCCGUGUCAGAAUGGAGGCGUUUGCAAUCCCUCGCCUACUGGAGGUUAUUACUGCAAGUGCAGCGCAUUGUACGUAGGGACGUACUGUGAGGUGAGCGUCAACCCGUGCUCCUCCAACCCCUGCCUCUAUGGAGGAACGUGCAUGGUAGACAACGGAGGCUUUGUUUGCCAGUGCCGGGGGCUGUACACUGGUCAGAGAUGUCAGCUUAGUCCGUACUGCAAAGAUGAACCCUGUAAGAAUGGUGGAACGUGUUUUGACAGUUUGGAUGGUGCUGUCUGUCAGUGUGACUCGGGCUUUAGGGGAGAAAGAUGUCAGAGUGACAUCGAUGAGUGUGCUGGGAACCCCUGUCGGAACGGAGCCCUUUGCGAGAACACACACGGCUCCUAUCACUGUAACUGCAGCCAGGAGUACAGAGGGAAACACUGUGAGGAUGCCUCUCCCAACCACUACGUGUCGACCCCGUGGAACAUCGGACUGGCCGAGGGAAUAGGGAUUAUUGUGUUUAUAGUCGGGAUAGUUUUACUGGUGAUGGUGUUCGUCCUCUGCCGGAAGAUGAUCAGUCGAAAGAAGAAGCACCAGGCUGAACCUGAAGACAAACGUUUGGGGCCAACCACGGCUUUCUUGCAGAGACCUUAUUUUGAUGCGAAGCUGAACAAGAACAUUUACUCUGACAUCCCGCCCCAGGUGCCGGUCCGUCCCAUUUCGUACACUCCCAGCAUUCCAAGCGACUCGAGAAACAACCUCGACCGCAAUUCAUUCGAAGGCUCCGCGAUCCCAGAGCAUCCAGAAUUCAGCACCUUCAACCCUGAGUCUAUGCACGGGCAUCGAAAAGCCGUGGCUGUGUGCAGCGUAGCUCCAAACUUGCCUCCGCCGCCGCCUUCCAACUCACCCUCAGACAGCGACUCCAUACAGAAGCCUAGCUGGGACUUUGACUAUGACGCUAAAGUGGUGGAUCUGGAUCCUUGUCUCUCCAAGAAGCCCCUGGAGGAAAAGCCCUCCCAGCCAUACAGUGCCCGGGAGAGCCUGUCCGAGGUGCAGUCGCUUAGCUCCUUCCAGUCAGAGUCCUGUGAUGACAAUGCUUCCAUAGUGACUGUAAUACACCUUGUCAACGCUGUCGUUGACACGGUGAAUAAAGAAGAAUCCUUGGCUGCUCCUGACCUCAGCAAACCAAGAGGGUACCACUGGGAUACAUCAGACUGGAUGCCAAGUGUCCCUCUGCCAGACAUACAAGAGUUCCCCAAUUACGAGGUUAUUGACGAGCACACGCCCCUCUACUCGGCUGAUCCAAACGCCAUUGAUACUGACUAUUACCCUGGGGGUUAUGACAUUGAAAGUGACUUUCCACCCCCACCAGAGGACUUCCCUGCACCCGACGAACUGCCACCAUUGCCUCCAGAAUUCAGCGACCAGUUCGAGUCCAUACACCCACCCAGGGACAUGCCUGCAGCAGGUAGCUUGGGAUCUUCCUCCCGGAGUAGGCAGAGGUUCAACCUGAAUCAGUACCUGCCCAAUUUCUACCCCGCCGAUAUGUCCGAACCUCAGAAACAAGGCGCUGGCGAGAACAGUCCAUGUAGAGAACCCUACACCCCCUACCCUCCAGGGUAUCAAAGAAACUUCGAAGCGCCCACCAUAGAAAACAUGCCCAUGUCUGUGUACACCUCGACGGCUUCCUGCUCCGACGUGUCAGCGUGCUGUGAAGUGGAGUCUGAGGUCAUGAUGAGCGACUACGAGAGCGGGGACGACGGCCACUUUGAAGAGGUGACGAUCCCUCCGCUAGAUUCCCAGCAGCAUACGGAAGUGUGACGCUCAAACUCCUCCCCAAAGUGCCUGGACUUUCAUGAACCUAGAGAUGCUACCAGUGACCUGGUGACCUCCGCCGUUGUUCUUUUGCAGCCAUUUGGGCCUGGCCACUUCUCGGUGAGCCACGGUAGGCGUGGCUGCACGGAGUCACAGCCUCUUGACAUGUUAGCCAUUUCCAGUGUCCUAACUGACUGUAAUCGACCAGGUUUUCAACCCCUGAGCAUCUUUUCGUAUUUAGAUUUGUCUCUGUUAAAUUGAUGAAACAGAAAUCGGUCCUGUCGUCUUGUUAGCAUGAUUCAUGUAUUUAUAUAGAUCCGAUUAUUUUAAUUUUUGCUUUCUUUGUGUAAAUUUUAUGUACAGAUUUGAUUUUUUUUCUUUUUUUUUUUUUUACCCCUCUCCUAGUUUUAACUAGGUUUUCAGGACGCCUCGUGUGUUUGUUUUCUGCUGGUUCUGUGUGGUGUUAGCGUCGUUUGCCUAGCAUCUGAUUUUCUGAUGUAACCAGGGUUCCACGCUGUUCUUUCCCACUGAAGUAUGACAUUACAUUGACACAUUUCGGUCCAGUGUAGCUGUACAUAUGGGGUGAGGACGACCUGUUACUGGACAUGUCUUAUUAAAUGGGUUGCUGGAUUAGAAUUAUAAACAUUUUUCAUUACUGGAAAGUGUGAAGGGGACCUUCUGCAUACCUGUUUAGAACCAAAACCACCACGACACGGUUUUUAUAGUGUCUGUAUAUUUGUGAUGCAAUGGUCUUGUAAAGGUUUUUACUGAAAACUAUCAUUAGCCAGCCUUUCUUACUGACAAUAAAUUAUUAAUAAAAUACUUUAGCUUUA